AUGAAUCUGCGGCAACGCCCGACCCCGGCCCGCGGCCGUGCACCCCACGCGCCGCCGGGAGCCGCUCCACACCCGCUACUGUCCGAGCCCUUCAACAUCAUCCCCGUCCACGACCUGCUCGCCGACCAUCCCUCCCUCCGAUACCCCGAGGUGCGGGCCGCCGCCGCCGCCCUCCGCUCCGCCGGAGACCUCCGCAAGCCGCCGUUCAACCCGUGGCGCGACUCCAUGGACCUCCUCGACUGGCUCGGCCUCUUCUUUGGCUUCCAAGACGACAACGUCCGGAACCAGCGGGAGCACCUCGUCCUCCACCUCGCCAACUCCCAGAUGCGCCUCCAGCCGCCGCCCCCCGCGGCCGACCGCCUCGACGCCGGCGUCCUCCGCCGCUUCCGCCUCAAGCUCCUCAAAAAUUACACCUCCUGGUGCUCCUACCUGGGGAAGAGGACCCAGGUCCGCAUGCCCAACCGCCACAACCCCGAUCUCGAGCGGCGUGAGCUCCUGUAUGUAUGCCUUUAUCUUCUCAUAUGGGGUGAGGCCGCUAACUUGCGCUUUACCCCAGAGUGUUUGUGCUACAUAUAUCACCACAUGGCCUUGGAGCUCAAUUACAUUCUCGACGACCACAUUGAUGAAUACACCGGCCAGUUUUUUGUACCCUCCACCUGUAAACAGUUUGGUUUCUUGGAUAAUGUUGUUACCCCUAUUUAUGUCACGAUUAAGGGUGAGGUCGCCCGGAGUAGAAAUGGGACGGCCCCACAUUCAGCCUGGAGGAAUUAUGACGAUAUCAAUGAGUAUUUUUGGAGUAGGAAAUGCUUCAAGAAAAUUAAAUGGCCUUUGAACUUGUCCAGUAGUUUUUUUUCAGCUGAUAGUGAAAAACGAGUGGGGAAAACCGGAUUUGUCGAGCAGAGAACGUUCUGGAACAUCUUCCGGAGCUUCGAUAGGUUGUGGGUGCUGUUGAUACUCUAUUUCCAGGCAGCUUCCAUUGUUGCUUGGGCUGGGAGGGAUUACCCAUGGCAGGCACUGGAAAGCAGGGACGUGCAAGUCGAGCUGCUCACAAUUUUCAUCACGUGGUCCGGUUUGAGGUUUGUGCAGUCGAUCCUUGAUGCCGGGACCCAGUACAGUUUGGUCACGAGGGACACGAAGCUGCUCGGUAUAAGAAUGGUCUUGAAAAGUGUCGUUGCCCUGACUUGGGGCAUCGUGUUUGGCGUUUUCUAUGGGAGGAUUUGGAGUCAAAGGGAUUUAGACAGGCAGUGGUCGUACGAAGCCAACCAAAGAAUUCUUGUAUUUCUCCAGGCCGCAUUAGUUUUCGUUAUGCCAGAAUUACUCGCUUUGUUACUCUUUAUCCUCCCCUGGAUACGCAAUGUGAUCGAGGAGGCCGAUUGGCCAAUCCUGUAUGUUGCGACAUGGUGGUUCCAUACCCGAACAUUCGUGGGUCGUGGGGUCCGUGAGGGUCUUAUCGACAAUUUGAGGUACGGCGGGUUUUGGAUUUUGGUCCUUGCCUCGAAAUUCGCUUUCAGCUAUGUUCUUCAGAUCCGGCCGCUCGUUGCCCCAACUCGAACCCUCUUAAACAUGUCAGUGCAAUACCAGUGGCACGAGUUCUUCACCAGCACUAACCGAGUGGCCGUGGUGAUGCUGUGGGCUCCUGUAAUUCUAAUCUAUCUCAUGGAUCUUCAGAUAUGGUACACUACGUUCUCCUCGCUCGUGGGGUCCUUGAUAGGUCUGUUCUCCCACAUUGGUGAGAUUCGGAACAUCAACCAGCUGAGGUUGAGGUUCCAGUUCUUUGCGAGUGCACUUCAGUUCAAUCUGAUGCCCGAGGACCAGACUCUGAUCCCGGUGGCCACCAUCGUGCACAAACUCCGUAAUGCAAUGCACCGUGUCAAGCUUAGGUAUGGGCUGGGCCAGCCUUAUAAGAAGAUGGAGUCGAGCCAGGUCGAGGCCACGAGGUUUGCCUUGAUAUGGAAUGAGAUAGUGAUCACCCUAAGGGAGGAGGACUUGAUUAGCGAUCAGGAGCUGGAGCUCCUCGAGCUGCCCCCCAAUUGUUGGGACAUUAAAGUCAUCCGAUGGCCAUGCGCUCUACUGUGCAAUGAGCUUCAGCUUGCCCUGAGCCAGGCUCGGGAGCUUGCGGACGAGCCUGACAGAUGGGUGUGGACUCGGAUAUGCAAAAACGAGUAUAGACGUUGUGCGGUCACUGAGGUUUAUGACAGCCUGAAGUAUUUGCUGCUCAAGAUCGUCAAGUACGGCACGGACGAGCACUCGAUAGUGACGAAAUUCUUCACAGAGGUCGACGGCUAUAUAAAAGUCGAAAAGUUCACGGGGGCGUAUAGGACUGCAGUCUUGCCAAGGAUUCACGAGAGGCUGGUAUCUCUUGUCGAGCUCCUCCUCAUGCCCGAGAAGAAUGAUGUGGAUAAAGUCGUGGAUGUAUUACAGGCAUUAUACGAGCUUGCCGUCCGUGAACUCCCGAGAGUGAAAAAGUCGGUGGCCCAGUUGAGGCAGGAAGGGCUGGCAGUCCCGAGCCCGAAUGCCGGUGCUGGACUGCUUUUUGAGAACGCGAUUGAGAUGCCGGGUGCAGACGAUGCCUUCUUCUACAGGCAGCUGCGCCGCUUGUACACUAUACUUAAUUCCCGGGACUCGAUGCACAACGUUCCGAAAAAUAUCGAGGCCAGGAGGCGAAUUGCCUUCUUUAGUAACUCCGUGUUCAUGAACAUGCCGAGGGCUCCCCAGGUCGAGAAGAUGAUGGCCUUCAGCGUCCUCACUCCCUACUAUGAUGAAGAGGUGUUGUUUGGAAAGGAGAUGCUGAGGAGUCCGAACGAGGACGGGGUCUCCACUUUAUUCUACCUUCAGAAAAUUUAUGAGGAUGAGUGGGCAAACUUCAUAGAGCGCAUGCGUAGGGAAGGAAUGAGGGACGAUGGGGAGAUCUGGACGACUAAAACGAGGGAUCUCAGGCUCUGGGCCUCGUACAGGGGCCAAACGCUGUCCCGCACGGUGAGAGGGAUGAUGUAUUAUUACAGGGCUCUCAAGAUGCUAUCUUUUCUUGAUUCGGCCUCGGAAAUGGACAUAAGGCAAGGGUCGCAGGAUAUUCCUUCUCUCAGCUCGAUGAGAGGGAGCAGUGGCGUAAAUGUUCAUAUCUCUCGUAAUCUUAGCCGGGCCGGAAGCAGUGUGAGCCUGCUUUUCAAGGGGCAUGAGUUCGGGGUCGCCCUCAUGAAAUUUGUCUAUGUGGUCGCCUGCCAGAUGUACGGUGUCCACAAAGGGAAGGGAGACCCACGUGCCGAGGAGAUUCUGUAUCUGAUGAAAAAUAACGAGGCCCUCCGGGUCGCGUAUGUUGACGAGGUCCGUUUGGGAAGAGACGAGGUGGAGUAUUACUCGGUAUUGGUGAAGUACGAUCAGCAACAGAGGAAGGAGGUCGAGAUCUACCGGAUCAAGCUGCCUGGCCCGUUGAAGCUCGGUGAGGGAAAGCCUGAGAAUCAGAACCACGCAAUAAUAUUCACGCGCGGGGAUGCGUUGCAGGCAAUCGAUAUGAACCAGGACAGCUACUUUGAGGAGGCCAUCAAGAUUAGGAACCUCCUGGAGGAGUUCAAGGCGAACCAUGGCAUUCGGAAGCCCACCAUCCUGGGGGUUCGUGAGAACAUAUUCACUGGCUCAGUCUCGUCCCUCGCCCGUUUCAUGUCGGCCCAGGAGAUGAGCUUCGUCACCUUAGGGCAGCGGGUCCUGGCGAACCCAUUGAAAGUCCGGAUGCACUAUGGGCACCCGGACGUGUUCGACCGGUUCUGGUUCUUGACUCGAGGUGGCAUAAGCAAGGCUUCUCGGGUGAUCAACAUAAGCGAGGAUAUUUACGCUGGGUUCAACUGCACGUUGAGAGGUGGCAAUGUGACCCAUCAUGAGUACAUACAGGUGGGGAAGGGUAGAGACGUGGGAUUAAAUCAGAUCUCGAUGUUCGAGGCUAAAGUCGCCAGUGGCAAUGGAGAGCAGGUCUUGAGCAGGGACGUUUACCGACUCGGACACAGGCUCGAUUUCUUCCGGAUGCUAUCUGUUUUUUACACGACAGUCGGAUAUUACUUCAACACAAUGGUGGUGGUGGUGAUGGUGUACGCGUUCCUGUGGGGCCGCUUGUACCUCGCCCUCAGUGGCGUCGAGGACCACGCGAGAAACGCCGGUAACAAUGCGGCCCUUGGCGCUGUUGUGAACCAGCAGUUUGUGAUCCAGAUAGGCAUCUUCACGGCCCUCCCAAUGAUCGUGGAGAAUUCGCUCGAGAGAGGCUUUCUCCCCGCCAUCUGGGACUUCAUUACCAUGCAGCUGCAGCUCGCCUCGUUUUUCUACACUUUCUCGAUGGGCACGCGCUCGCAUUAUUUCGGGAGGACCAUUCUGCAUGGUGGGGCCAAGUACCGGGCCACCGGUCGUGGGUUUGUCGUGCAGCACAAGAGCUUCGCCGAGAAUUACAGGCUGUAUGCCCGGAGCCAUUUUAUUAAAGGUAUCGAGCUCGGGGUCAUUUUGAUAGUGUAUGCCUCGACGAGCCCCUUAGUUGUCAACACCUUUGUUUAUAUAGUGAUGACGGUUUCCAGUUGGUUUUUAGUGGUCUCGUGGAUAAUGGCGCCGUUCAUCUUUAACCCUUCGGGUUUCGACUGGCUGAAAACCGUGUACGACUUUGAUGAUUUCAUCAACUGGAUAUGGUACAGGGGUAUUUUGGUCAAAGCGGACCAAAGCUGGGAAACUUGGUGGUACGAAGAGCAGGACCAUUUCCGAACGACGGGUCUGUGGGGAAAACUGCUCGAGAUCAUUCUAGACCUCCGAUUCUUCUUUUUCCAAUACGGGAUCGUGUACCAUUUGAACAUCGCGGCUAACAACAGGAGCAUCGCUGUUUACUUGUUGUCUUGGAUUUAUUUGAUUGCGGUUGUGGGUAUAUACAUAGUAAUGGCGUAUGCUCGGGAUAAGUAUGCAGCCACGGAGCAUAUCUACUACAGACUGGUUCAGUUUCUCGUGAUUUUGGUGACGGUGCUCGUUGUCAUUUUGCUUCUGCACUUCACGGACGUUAGUGCUCUCGAUUUCAUCAAGAGUUUGCUGGCGUUUGUGCCGACUGGGUGGGGGAUUAUACUUAUAGCUCAGGUGCUGAGGCCUUUUCUGCAGUCGAGCGUGGUUUGGGAGACUGUCGUGUCCUUGGCCCGACUGUAUGAUAUGAUUUUUGGGCUGAUUGUGAUGGUCCCAUUGGCUUUUUUGUCGUGGAUGCCCGGGUUUCAGCAGAUGCAGACGAGGAUACUCUUCAAUGAGGCCUUUAGCCGGGGGCUUCAGAUUUCGCGUAUUUUGACAGGAAAGAAGUCGAUGGACACGUACGACUCUUGA